AUGGACAAUCCUAGAAAUAAAAGAUGGAUGCAUUGUGAUAGAUUUAGUAAAGAAUAUUUGGAUGGAGUAGAGGAGUUUAUAAACCAUGCCUUUUCUGAAAAACAAGAUGGAGAACAAAUUGCAUGUCCUUGUACGGAGUGUGUGCUUAUCCAUCAAGUAAACCGGACUACAGCAUAUGAUCAUCUUGUGAUUAAUGGUAUUAUGCCAUCAUAUGAUACUUGGUUUUGUCAUGGUGAGUCUCUAAAGGGAUCAAACAAUGCUCAAGCAAAUAAUCGCAGCCAGUCAACUUUAAGGGGCUAUGAUAUGACAGGAAUGAUACAUGAUGCCUUUGGAGGCUUUACACAGUUCAUGGAUACUGACGUUAGUGAAGGGGGUGACAUAGAGCAUAACUUACAAGAGAAUACUGCUCAUCCAUCUGGAAAUCAACCGCAUCCAGAGGUGGAUAAGUUUGAACGGCUCAUGAAGGAGGCAAAUGAAGAACUAUAUCCAGGAUGUAAGAAAUUUAGCAAAAUGUCCUUUUUGAUGCAUCUGUACCGUACAAAAUGCAUGUUCAAAUGGUCAAAUGAAUCGUUUAAUGAUUUGCUUGGACUAUUGAAGGAUGUGCUGCCUGAAGGAGAAAAAUUGCCUCCUUCUUUCUAUGAGACCAAAAAGAUAGUUGAAGGCUUGGGCUUAAAGUAUGAGAAAAUUCAUGCUUGUCCCAAUGAUUGCUUGCUUUUUAGGAAAGAGUUUGCUAAUAAGAAUGUCAGUAAAUGCAAUGUUUGUGGAGCUUCUAGAUGGAAAAAUGAUGCUAGAAAUAUCCCAGCCAAGGUCAUAAGGUAUUUUCCUUUAAAACCAAGGCUACAAAGACUGUUUAUAUCUUCGAAAACUUCUAAAGCAAUGCGUUGGCAUCAUGAAGAGCGCAACAAAGAUAUAGUUCUACGACAUCCUGCAGAUUCUGAAGCUUGGAAAAAAUUUGAUAGUAAAUAUCCCGAAUUUGCUGGAGACCCUCGCAAUGUGCGCCUAGGAUUAGCUUCUGAUGGGUUUAAUCAAUUUGGCACAAUGCGAAUUGUUCAUAGUACAUGGCCAGUGAUUUUGAUGCCAUAUAAUCUUCCUCCAUGGAUGUGCAUGAAACAAGAGUUCUUCAUUCUGUCCUUACUUAUUGCUGGACCCAAAGCGCCUGGCAAUAAUAUCGAUGUAUUUUUGCAAUCUCUAAUAGAAGAGUUAAAUGAAUUAUGGGAUGUUGGGGUAGAAACAUACGAUGCCUCUACUAAGGAGAUAUUUCAAAUGCGAGCAGCUCUCAUGUGGACUAUAAAUGACUUUCCUGCAUAUGGUACUCUCUCUGGAUGGUGCACUUAUGGUCGGUUUGCAUGCCCUUCUUGUAACAUAAACACUCAAUCUAGAAGGCUGAAACAUGGCAGAAAGUUUUGUUACAUGGGGCAUCGACGCUUCUUGAAGUCGGGACACAAAUAUCGGAAUGAUGCGAAAUCAUUUGAUGGGACUAAAGAAACAAGACCUGCACCUUCUCCAGUAUCUGGGUCAGUAGUGCUGAAUCAAGUUAAAGAUAUAAAAUUUACUCUCGGCCGGUCAAGUGAAGGGGAAAAGGAGUUAUUUUAUGAAGUACUACAAAAUGCCAAGUUUCCAGAUGGCUAUGCGUCUAAUAUUUCACGUUGCGUUCGCAAACGAAAGUUAUCUGGGCUAAAAACUCACGAUUGUCAUGUUAUAAUGCAAGAACUUCUUCCUCUUGCCUUGCGGAGAUCAGUAGAUAAAAGAGUAAGUUCAAUUUUAAUUGAACUAUGCACAUUCUUUCGUGUUUUGUGUAGCAAAAAGCUAAAACUAGAAGAGUUAAACCUACUUGAAGAAAAAAUCCCAGAAACAUUGUCUACUAUGGAGAAACUCUUCCUCCCAGGAUUCUUUACUGUUAUGAUACACUUGGUUAUUCACUUGGCAACUGAGGCUAAACAUGCGGGACCAGUACAUUAUCGCUGGAUGUAUCCAAUUGAGAGGUAUUUGGGUACUUUAAAAUCAUAUGUUCGUAAUCGUGCAUGUCCAGAAGGUUCAAUAGCAGAAGCAUACAUAGCAAAUGAGUGUAUGGCAUUCUGCUCACGAUAUUUAGAGGGUAGAGAUUCAAUGUCUUAUUGUUCAAGAAAAUGGAGUGAUGAAAUUGAGCAUGAGACUAAUAAAGAAGAAUCUCUUUUUCCUACUGUUGGGGAGUCGUACGGUAGAGUAGAUGUAUUUGAGUUGGAUGACAAAACAUGGUUGCAAGCACAUCGGCAUGUGCUUUUUCAAUUGUGA